GCUGGGACUGCUACCGCCAUUAUCGCUGACGUCACUGGUAGUGGUUGGCUAAAUUGACGUGGCAUGCAUGUUACUUGUUCUCACAUGCGAAGCGGUUGAACAUUUACGAAGAAAGGUUGAUCGUACCUAUCUUAGACCCCGUUUAUAUUUAUUUUGCUGAACUAAGUACAUUUUACCAGUAUGGGUCUAACAUUGUCGAGCGUCUUUGACAGACUCUUCGGGAAAAAACAGAUGAGAAUUUUGAUGGUUGGUCUUGAUGCUGCUGGAAAAACAACAAUUCUCUAUAAACUGAAACUGGGCGAGAUCGUCACAACCAUCCCAACAAUUGGCUUUAAUGUGGAGACGGUAGAAUACAAGAACAUCAGCUUCACCGUGUGGGAUGUGGGUGGCCAGGACAAGAUUCGACCAUUGUGGAGGCAUUACUUCCAGAACACUCAGGGUUUGAUCUUUGUAGUAGACAGCAAUGAUAGUGAACGUUUAGCAGAAGCUAAGGAUGAACUCUCAAAAAUGUUACAAGAAGAUGAACUAAGGGAGUCUGUUGUUCUCGUAUUUGCCAACAAACAAGAUUUACCCAAUGCCAAGACCUCUGCUGAGCUGACAGAGGCUCUAGGACUAAAUUCAUUGCGGAGAGAUUGGUAUAUGCAAGCUACAUGUGCUACACAAGGUACAGGCCUGUACGAGGGCCUCGACUGGCUAUCGAACAGGUUGACUGGCAAGUGAUUGUGACGAGGUAGAAUGAACAGUCUUCAUUUGUCAUCUGUCUUCAGUAUGUGCUGCAGCUGUAGCAACAAGGACUUCAACACAGACCACACACCAUCCAAAGCAUCAGCUGUAACAGAUCCUCAGUCAUAUCUGAGGACAAGAAGCUUGUGUAUCAGAUCCUCAUUAUAUUGCUGGUUGAUGCCAGUCAUUAGGAGCCGGUAGUCUGCAGCACAUACUGAAUUCUUUGUGGGAGUUGUGAGUGAAAGUGGUCUGGAUCUUUUGGCAGUUCGCCUGGUAGCCAUGUAACACUGGACCAGACACACAAGCUUUGGCGGGGUGGAGAUAUAUAUUUUUCUUGUACAUUGUCAUUCCUAUAAAGGCUCACCCUGUAUUAUUUAUGUUCAAGUAUAUUCUUCAUCAUUCACGAUUAUUGUCCCUCUGAUUUUAUUAUUUGUGGGCGCUGGCCUCAUCACCUGUCCAUCUUCAGAUCAGCAUGGUAGCUGUCGUCAAUACUUCAUGGGUUUGUGUACACUAGAUCCUCCAUCACCCAUGAAUACAUACAUCAGAUGUGGGUCGUAGUAUAUAUAUAUAUAUAUAUACAGUACUCGUAGGUUGAGUGUAUAUUUUUAGUAAGCUAUUAAAACUGUUAAUGACCAUUGUAAGUCAAAUGAGCCCUACACUGUGCAAACCCUACCAUUGCCUGCCUGCAACAGGGCUACAACAUGUGGACGCGACCAUUGUCAAGCAGGAAGCAUUGCAGUUAGUGUGAUGUAAUCUGAGCACUCGCUAGCUUCCCUCUUACUGGAACCAGGCCUUUGCUGGAUUUGGUUAAAAAUAGAGACAACACUACAAGAGAAAACUGUAUGUCUUCACAGGUGAUGGAGGAACAAAGUGUAAUGUAUACAAACCAUUUAUGUAUUGACGAUGCAUGGUACCGUCAUUUGUGUUUCUUUAGAGUUUAUGCACAUAAGUGUUAUUAGAAUGGCAUGAUCACACCUGAGUAUUUAUGCAGUUCUAUAUGGUGAUGGGGUGAACACUUUCCGCCCUUGCUCGUUGUAAAUAACACUUGCUCGUGAGAGUGACUGUGUUUACCUAACAGGUAAUCAUGUUGAUAUGCAUGCAUGUCUUUGUGUAAAUGUCAUUUGGUUGGAAUCUAAGAACUUGGUAUACAAACAGAAAAGCUAUGUCUAUUCAGAAGGAAAAUUUAUUGGGUAUAAUUCUGGUCUUUGUUAAAUUAUGGUAAAAGGAAAUUGACACAGAACACAGACUUGUAUGGUGAUCAUUUCUCAAUUUGUUUUAUUUCUUACACUGUUCAUGGUAUAACGUUAGAACAACAGUGGAAGUAUGGAUAUCAAUUAUGAAAAUAGAAAUUCAUUUCUGCAUCCUGAUGGCUUCAAAGAUGUAAAAGUGAGAAAUGCGAAAAGAAAAUGAGUGAUCUUUGUUCUUUUUUAUUUUAAUUGAACAAAGGUAGUCCAUCUCAAAUAAUCUUUUACAAGGUAACCUGUCUGGGGCAAGUAUCUUGCAUUGAUUUGUUUCAGAUGGUUGACCUAAAGUUUGUUACUGGUUCAGAAGAUGAAAUUAGGAAGGCACGGAACAUGUGGAAAAUCCAUUGUUGACUUUGUUACAUGAAUUGUAUAUACUGGUAUUAUGGAUUUUAGUGGUAUGUGUAGUUACAACUGUGUAUAGAUUGCACUUCGCCCUCUGUGUAGCGCUUAUUUGUACAAUUGUAUGUCACUGGCAGGUCAUUUCUGAAAGAUUGUCCCAUCAAAAAUAUGUGUAUCAUGAUGAUAAGGGUGUAUAUUACAUAACCAAGUCAUACAAUUUUGACACACAUCGAAAACUUAAAUUAUGAGUAUUUUCAUUUUGGUGUUCAUUUCAUUAAAGGUGGAAAAUGAAAAGUUAUUUACUUCUGAAGUUUGGAAACUUGGAAUUUGAGUUAUGUUGUUGAAAUAUGAGUGAACAACUGUCAAUAUUCUUGUGGAGCUGAGGUAUACGGGACAUGCACGUGAUGAGACAAUGUGUUUCAGUGUGACGAUAGCUAGUACUCUGCUUGUACAUAACAUCAUCACUCUGUAAGCAUACUCACAUCAAACCUGGUCAUGUGAGAGGGUGGAUAUGAAUGAUAAUAAAAACUGUGAAAUAAA